GGGUGAAAUAUAUAUUGCAUAGAUAGGAGUUUUUCUUUUCUUUGAUCUGUCCCGCCCUUGAGAUAGUCUCUACUUCGUAGUUAUCCGUAUUAAACAAAAGCCAAAGACAUCAAAAAUGGCCCCUUCAGCAACCACCAACCAAGUCCGAAUCGGCCCAACCCCCAACCCAGACUGGAAAUUCGGUCAGGGCAGCAACCAUCUCGACGCAGCCUCGCCCUCGUCCUCCAACCCAGACGCAAAAGCCCAGAGCCACACCGUCAUCGACCCCCAGGCCGAGGAUCGAAGCUCGGGCCUCAACUACAAGCUCCUCAUCUCCGCCAUCGCCCCGCGCCCCAUCGCCUUCAUCAGCACCCUCUCCGCCGACGGCACGACGGCGAAUCUCGCUCCCUUCAGCUACUUCAACGUCUUUACUCAUGAUCCGCCCACUUUUGCCGUCGGCUUUGCGCAUCCGCCGUCGGGGCCUAGGGAUUCCUUUGUCAAUGUGCGUGACUCCAAUGAGUGUGUCAUCAAUAUCAUCUCGGAGCACUACAUCGAGGCCGCCAACUCGACCAGCAUAGACGCUCCUUACGGGACGUCCGAAUGGGGCGUUUCCGGUCUGACGGCGGACUAUUCAUGCGAGACUGUCAAGGCGCCACGAGUCAAGGAGGCGAUAUUUAGCAUCGAGGCCAAAGUGGAAUCUAUCAAGGAGAUUUACAGCAAAGCAAAUCCUGGUAGGGUGUCCACAUGGCUGGUCAUUUUUGAAGGGACCCGGUUCUGGGCGAGGAACGAUGCGCUGAGUGAGAAGAAGGAUGAGGUUUAUCCCGAGAUCUUGAAGCCCAUUGGCCGCAUGGGAGGCGUCAUCUAUUCCAAGACGACUGAUCUCCUGCAAAUACCAAGGCCGCAGUUUGAGGCCGAUCUUGGCGGUGCCGAAGGCUAUGCGAAGCUCUCAAACAGAAGCAAAUAGCAACAAAGACGUUGAAUGCGUAUGGAAUUAUUCCUUAGGAGGUAAAGGAAAAAAAAAAACAUCAUUAAUUAAUGAGCACAGACAAGUAAGAGCAGCACACGGUAAAGAAUUUUAUAAGAAAGAAAUC